AAACAAAAAAUGCCCAACAAAAAAAAAAUAAUUGUUAAAUUGAAUUGAAGCAGAAAAAACACAACACAAAAAAAUGUACAAAAGAAUUUUUAACAACAAGUUUAUCAAGAAAACAAACAAUAACAAGCAACAACAAUAUAGCAAAAAUGCUCACGAAAAAAAAAAACGAAUUAACUUAACUAAAUGCAGAAAAGAAAUUAAUAAGCCGCACAUUUCAAAGAUCAAAUAUACAAAAAAAAUGAUAUUCUCAAAUUGCAAACAACAAGAACAAAAGUGAAAGCAAAAUGAUAUAUUCAAGAAAUUAAUCUAAUUACCAAAUUCAAAUUCUUUUUUCGAAAUACACUCGAUUUUUGUACUCUUUCGAAUUGUAAUUAACACACACACAAACAACAACAACAGCAAACAGUUUCAACAUUUUAAAACGAUUAUAAACAAAGCAAAGCGAAAAAUAAGUAAAAACGUUUUUAUUAACUUUGUUAAUUUUGCUCAUUUUAAACCAAAUGGAAAACAGAAAAUUAAAAAUGGAAAAAAGGCAACGCAAAAUGCAUUGAAAAUGUAACAAACAAUGAGAUUGCAAUAAUUGUUAAGAGUAAUAAAACAAAUGGUAUAAUAACAAUAAUUAUGAAAAUUAAAAUAAACAUCCAGAAAAUCAAAAAAAAUGUUUGCACUAAAUAUUACGUAUACGCAUGUUGAGACGCAGCUGAGUUGAAUAAAUUUAUCCAAGCAGCAAAUGCCAAAGGGAUUCGAGAUAAAUAAGAGAGUCUGUUUCAGUUUUUGUAACUGAUUUUCUCCUUUUAGUUUAGCUAUCAAUUUACUCUGGAUUGGAGUUGAUUAAGAGAGCGACAGUUUAAGUUUUUGUACCUAAAUAUUACGUAUACGCAUGUUGAGACACAGCUGAGUUGAAUAAUUUUACCCAAGCAGCAAAUGUUAAAUGGAUUCAAGGCGAAGGAGAGAAACUGUUUCAGUUUUGAAAACUGAUUUUUUUCCAUUUAUUUUGGCUAUUAAUUUACCCUGGCAGCAAGCGUCAAAUGGAUUCGAGGCAAACAAGAGAGAUGCUCAAUUUAUCGGUACUUUUCGUUCAGUUUCAGUGAAACACACACGCAACUUGGAAAUUAGUUCAGAUGAUUCGAGAAGGAAUUAAUACAUAACACAAAAAAAACACACACAAAACAUAAACCGUAAAAACGAUUUUCCAAACGCUUUUGCAUUGCAUUUGAGAGUUGUGGAGUAACCUUUUUAUUCAAUCGAGAGUUCCCGAUUAACGUUUUUUACUCAAUUCUAGACAACACACUUUACACACACACAAUGUCUGGUCGAGGACGUCGUCAACAAGUGGAACCAGCGCGUAAUCAAUACGGUGCCUGGGAUGAUCCACGCGUCUCGUUGUUUGCCACUGUGCCGCAGGAGCCGCUCGACGAUAUGUUGGGACGCAUGAAGCGCUUGCCGGAAACAAAGCGAAAACGUGACAUGGAAGCGCUCCAUGCCUCACCUUUGCUGCUGGCGACGUCGCCUUCGACGAGUCGCCUUUAUCGGGAGGUGAAAUAUCAGGUGCAGCAAAUAGCCGAUGAUCGGAAUCGGAACUAUCAUCCGAUACAGGAGCGAGAGCAUCAAUCGGCCAUGAUUGCCCAAACGAUGGCCGUGCAGAAUCGUCGUGAGUUCGCCGAGGCGAUGCGACGCCAACAGCUGAACGUGAAUUCGCAGAGAUUGCGUGACCUGCAGACGGAGAUCGAUCGGGCGAAGACAACGUUGAGUGUGGUGAAGCGACGCCACGAGAACGUCAAGACAAUGGGCAACGAGCGGGAGCGCAAAGAAGCCCAAGCGACACAGGAGAAGCUCCAGAAGGGGAAGCUGGCCGAGCAGCAAGCUGUGCAGCGAAAGGCACGUGAUUACAGUCAACAGCUGGUGCAACAGAUAAAAAUAAGAUCAGAACGGGAGGAGAAACAGUUUACGGAACGUGAGGAGGGCAGACAGAAGCGUCAGAAAGAUGUCUUGGCAUAUGCCGCGGAUCUGCGGCAGGAACUUGAAUGGCGUCACGUAAAGCGCAUCGAACUGAGGCGCAUGCUCGAUGAGUACUCGACGUUGAAUCGCAAUUUACGCGACAAGAAACCCGCAGAAGCCCACAAACUGGAUGUGAUUGUGCUGGAGGCCAUGGGACCGGUGACUGCCAGCUUUUUGCGUCAAGAGAUGCAGCGUCGUGCCGAUAGCAUUGAGCGGCGUCGCCUGAUUAGCGACGAUCUGGGACAGCAGCUGAACGAGAAGCACAACCAACAGGUUGCCCAUGACAAUAUGAUUGCCGACAUACUUGUGUGCGAGCGAAAGGCACGCGAGAAGAAGCGUGCCCAUCAGGAGGUACAGGAGCGUCACGAACGGAAGCAACAAGUUGCCAUUGAUCUGAUCAAUCAGUGCAAGGAGCAUCGUUUAUAUGCCGAUAAGGAUGCCAAACUCGGCCAAAUCACACGCGACGCGACCAGUUUCAUGGAGCGACAGUAUCAACAGGCUGCCGAUCGAGAGGCUGCCAGUCGUGCCAUCAAUAAAGCCAGCUACGAUGCCAUUGCCACCGAUAUGGUAUCCAAUAUGCGUCUGCGUGCCGCCGCUGUUGAGGAGGAGCGCAUGAUCAUGAAGGCGCUGCAGGACAUGGAGCUGGAGAUGGAGGGACGUGUCGAUGAGGAGCGAAUGCGUGUGCUACACGCCCAGGCCAGGGACAUCAUCGAAGAGGUGCGUCCCUGCAAGUUGUCGCAUGCGGAGCGUCAGACAUUUGGGUUGCCCGCUUGCAGCUUGCAUGACGAUGACAAGCACAACACUCACACGACUUAAGCGAUCAUUACCAUUAAUUUACCAUUUGUUGAUUCAUCUAAUUCCGUGCAGACUAGAC